AUGAGCUCGGAUGACGGCGUGGCCAGUAUCGUCAACAACUUCCAAGAUUUGAGCGCAGUACUCAGUCUCUUUGCAGCCGACUCCGUGGAGAAGAAAUUAGCAGACCCCAAGUCCUCAGACUGGGAACGCAUGUCGGCGUUCUGGUCUAUCUUCGGUAUUAUUGGAGCGGUGAGGGUGUACGCGAAGAUAGCGGCGGGACUUGCAGGCGCGGAGACCGCUGGCAUGGAGCUGGGCGGUGCUAGAGCUUAUACCAGCCGAAAGACCAAGAAAGCCACGUGUUCCUGCGUUAUAGGCCCUUCAGAGCGCCCGCCAACUUGGGAGGACGAUGAAGACUUGCUGCUAGGUCUAGCAAAAGUUGACUCGACGUUGUGGAUACGCCCCCAUAUAGUCGUUAUGGGCUUCUCCCGCUGUCCCUUUACGGGACGCAGGGCGCUGAGGGAAGCAAUCGGGAGAGGAGUCUUCGUGCUUCUGACGCUAGCAAUCCCCUGCGUCCCGAUUAUUCUCCUUCGGAGGAGCGUCAGAGGUACCAUCUCCGAGAACCUCUCCUUGGGGAUGACAGCAGGUUCAGCAUUUCUGGGAGGGUGUAUUCUACCGAUGCUCCUCCAGGACCUAAAUUCUCUGGGAUUUGCAUACCUGCCUGACGCAGGAUCCCGGCAGGGAGAUGGAUUACUGCAAGCUGGAGAUACCGUCACGACAACCAAGAGUCGACUGUGCAGGAUUAUGUGGCAAUCACACGGUAAUCGCCUUCCUCCCCCGAGGAGUGCAGAUCUGUGGUUUAUUCGCCUACUCGCAGCAAUAGCGACCAUGUUCACGGUGGUCGGCUAUGUGCUGAAUUACAUACUCCUAGGCAGAGCCGGAUCGUGGCGUUCAUACGCUUGGCUCGGGAUGCAGGUCGUAAUCCUCGUAGUGAGAUACAUCCUAUGGGCCUACCGACCUCAUCUUAUCCAUAGUCGCCGACCGACCAUGGUAUACGCGGUGACUGGCUCAUUGCUGGCGUUACGGCCGCUCACCGUCCAAAUAGACCCAUCCCAUUGGCCACCGUCCGAGCCCCCCCUUCCCCGGGACGCGGUUUACUUUGCGGUUGCUUCAGCGCGAAGCAAGCUUCUGAAUGGAAGCGGCGCUGAGCAACAUCUCAAACUGAGUAACUUGGAUUUACUUUCCACGACUGCGCCCAGGGAUAUUCUGCAGGCUGCAUGUUAUAAAGUCUUCUGCGAGAUGGGAGAUCUCUCGCCACAGCUUAGGAGGCGACUGCGGGUAGUCAAACUUCCGUGGUCUUUUGUGGAAGAAUUGUAUGCUGCGCAGGGUCUCAUCUUGGGCCACAACCCCUGGGUGCUCGGCGGCAUUUCCCUUGCUGCCGUCGUCGAUCUCUACGAGCACGAUGACGGCCGAGAACCGCAGCCUAUUUUUCUAGGAUUAACGACGAUCCACUCAUGCAAACCCACGAAGACGGAGGGAGUGUACGAAUUUAAACGACAAGAGCCUGGCGCAGCGGCUGUCAGAGAUGUGGUCGGGAUUACCUAUGACAAUUAUGGCAUAGAGGGAACUAUCGAACUGGGUGUCCUCACCGACCGACUACCCACUCCCCAUACGUUAACAGAGUCACACGAGAAGUUUAGGGAUAAUGUGGCGGCAUGCCGCUUCAGCGCCAGGCUGAAUGGGCCACCGCAUUGCGAAGUACACGUACAGGAGUUCGGGGAUGGUACAUCACCAGUAGUAGAGCACAACUCAAAGACGGAAGCUUUCCUUGCGGAUGUAAUACAAUACGGUAAAGACGUUAUCUGGUACACGCGAAACAAGGACCACACAGAUUGUACAGAAGUUUGUAAAAUAUUUGGUUUCUGA